GUGCGGCAGACAGCCUUGUGGACUGACUCAACAUGCUAAACAUGCGGCUGUUAUUCUUACUGUUCAACUUCUUCUCCUCCCCUGCGCCACAAAUUAAACUUCCGGCUUCUUACCUCUCCCGCACAUUUCCAUACCAACUCUUUUUCCGACCUGCCAUCAUCCACCCCCAAACGUAGAUGUACGGAUCGAAUACUGUGCGAUUGGCAUCGCGCGCCUCACGUUCAUCUUUGACUUCAUACACUUCUGUUCGUUCAAUUCAUUUACAAACACAACGUUCAAUCUCUGUCACACCAUUACAAUCUGCUUCCGUAAAAGCUCGCUCUGCUCCUGCUCUCUCUUUUGCUCAACCUGCAUCAACCACCUACCGUUCUUUUUCAUCAACCACAAAGAUGUCCGCUGAAAAGAUCAAGGUAGCCAAUCCCGUCGUGGAAAUGGAUGGUGAUGAAAUGACUCGUAUCAUUUGGCAAAAAAUUCGUGAUGAAAUGAUUUUACCUUUUGUUGAUUUGGAUAUCAAAUAUUUCGAUUUAGGUAUCGAAUAUCGUGAUAAAACAGAUGAUAAAGUAACUGUAGAUGCAGCAGAAGCAAUCAAAAAAUAUCAAGUUGGUAUCAAAUGCGCAACAAUCACACCCGAUGAAGCCCGUGUAAAAGAAUUCAAAUUGAAAAAGAUGUGGCUUUCACCAAACGGUACAAUUCGUAACAUUUUAGGAGGAACAGUUUUCCGUGAACCAAUCGUUUUGGAAUCCAUUCCAAGACCCGUCCCUGGAUGGACAAAGCCAAUCUGUAUCGGUCGUCAUGCUUUCGGUGAUCAAUACCGUUGCCAAAACUUUGCCGUCGAUAAACCAGGAAAGUUCACAAUGCAAUUCACACCUGAAGAUGGAGGUGAACCACAAAAGUGGGAUAUCUUCAACUUCCCCAACGGAGGAGGUGUUGGUUUGGCAAUGUACAACACAAACGAAAGCAUUAGCGGAUUCGCACAUGCAAGUUUCAAGAUGGCAUUGGAUAAGAACAUGCCAAUGUACAUGACUACAAAGAACACAAUUUUGAAAGCAUACGAUGGUCGUUUCAAAGACACCUUCCAAGAAAUUUACGAGAAAGAAUACAAGGCUGAUUUCGAAAAGAAGGGAUUGUGGUACGAACAUCGUUUGAUCGACGAUAUGGUUGCACAAGCAAUUAAAGGUGAAGGAGGUUUCGUUUGGGCAUGCAAGAAUUACGAUGGUGAUGUUCAAUCUGAUAUCGUUGCUCAAGGUUUCGGAUCCUUGGGUAUGAUGACAUCCGAAUUAAUCACUCCUGAUGGACAAAUUAUGGAAUCUGAAGCAGCACACGGUACAGUUACAAGACAUUAUCGUGAACAUCAAAAAGGCAACGAAACAAGUACGAACAGUGUUGCUUCCAUCUAUGCAUGGACUCGUGGUUUGGCUUUCAGAGGAAAGUUGGACGAUAAUCAAGAAUUGAUCACAUUUGCACGCGAAUUGGAAAAUGCAUGCAUUGAAUCAAUCGAUAAGGAUGGCGUGAUGACCAAGGAUCUCGCUUUGGCCAUUCACGGAAAGAACAUGAAACGUGAACAUUACGUCACAACUACCGGAUUCUUGGAUCACGUUCGUGAUAAACUUAAGAAGAAGUUGUCAGCUCAGGGAAUCGGAGCUGGAAAGCUUUAAAAAGAAAUUAGACAAAUUUGAUAUGAUAUGCUGUAUAUAUCUCGCUUAACAUAUGCUCAGAUGAGCUCAAAAUGCAUACUAAUUCACACACG